AACAACCCCCAUUUGCCCCUCAUUAAAGAUCGUCACCUCCCCACCUAAAAAUAAAUUAAGGACCGUCACACCUCUCUCUCUCUCUCUCUCUCAUUCAGAACAGAAGGCCCCCCGACGAAUGAACCCGAAACCAGAUCAACCGAACCCGGCGCCGGCGCUGCGGGCCAUCACCCCUACCGCCGGGGCCCAGCGGCGCAUCGCAAUCGCUGUGGACCUAAGCGACGAGAGCGCCUACGCCGUCAAGUGGGCCGUCCAGAACUACCUCCGCGAGAACGACGCCGUGAUCCUCCUCCACGUCCGCCCCACCUCCGUCCUCUACGGCGCCGACUGGGGCUCCACCCUCGCCGAACCCCUCCUCUCCCCCUCCCCCUCCGAGGAAUCCAAACAAAAACUCGAGGACGACUUCGACAACUUCACCAAUACAAAAACCGACGACCUGGCCCGGCCCCUCGUGGACGCGCACAUACCGUACAAGAUCCACAUCGUGAAGGAUCAUGAUAUGAAGGAGAGGCUGUGCCUGGAGGUGGAGAGGCUGGGGCUGAGCGCGGUGAUCAUGGGGAGCAGAGGGUUUGGAGCCACGAGGAGGAGUGGGAAAGGGAGGCUGGGGAGUGUUAGUGAUUACUGCGUGCACCAUUGUGUUUGUCCCGUGGUGGUGGUCAGGUAUCCCGAUGGGAAGGACGGCGGAGACGGCGAGGAGGGGGUCGGGGAGGAGUUGGAUCAGCUGCAUCCGGUGCCGGAGGAGGAGUUGGAGUAUCACGACGCUGACGAUGAACAGAAAGAAAAUUGACGCUGCUGGCCAUCAGGAAUCAAGAUUUGUACGUAGAAAAGAAAUUCAAGAAUGCGAUGAAAUAUGUGAAAGAAAAGGGAAGAGAAGGUGAUGAAGGUGGAGAGCACGGGGCAGGGUGGAGAUGUUUGUGUCACGUAGACUUUGCAGUUAAAUUUUUUGUUACAGUAGUGUGUUCCUUUUCUCCUCUGCAUCCCGCAAAGUUGCCUUGUGCACGCACGAGUAUUAAUACUCAUUGGCUGGUCGUGAUGAGUCCGUGUGUCUUCAUACUUAAAAGAAUGCUCAACAUAAAAGAAUAAAAAUCAUGUUUUUCCUUUGA